GAGAAAUUGAAGCGGACGGCAAAAGCAUAUGCUCUGCCACCCCAGGAAGUCUAUGAUAAAUACCUGAAGAAGGAGUCAGACGGCAGGUACUAUGCACAUGUCUUUGACGAGGAAGAGAGUGCUCCCCGAGAACCCAUGGCUGAGGCUAUCAUGAGUGGCCGAGUGGAUGCCCUCCAGGGAUUCCUCGACGUCGAUGUAAGUCCCGAUUCCUACACCAUCGAUGGACGUCGAAUGCUCAGCGUGGCGAUCCUGCACGAUCAAGUUGACUGCGCGGAGCUUCUUCUGCAGUAUUAUGCCAACCCUCGCCGGCCAGACCUCACCGGCAACAUCAACGUGGAAUGCAGGGUACCGUUCUAUCAUGCGGCAGCCAGUUGCGGAAGGGGAGGCGAGGUAAUAUACUCGCUCCUCGAGGCCGGGGUCAAAAUCACAUCCAUGAAUGUCUUCCGCUUGAUCCGCAACCGGCCCGAUGCCUUGGAUAUCUUAGUCUCUGCCGUUGAGCACGGGACGGAUCUUGGAAGCCUAACCGGGCACGACGGAUCGACGGUUUUGCACAAUGUGAUUUACGACUGGAUAGAACUCUACCCUGUAGUGCAGGAGGAUGGACUGCGAGUCUCAACGCCCUUGGUAGGAGACCCGGGACUGAUAGACUACAUUGUGACCAGCUAUCCUGACCUUCUUGAUGAGCAGAACCUCAUCGGCCAGACGGCCCUCCACCGAGCUCUGUGCUACUCGAAAAACAACCCCGGGAUUGCCGAGCAGUUAAUCGAAAUGGGAUGCGCGGUUGGCAUCCCGGACGAAUGGGGCCGUCAGGAGUUGCACUAUGCGGUCCAGCAACUCCAAUGCAAUGGCGACAUUGUGCGCGUCCUGUGUAGCAGACCCGAGGUCGAUGUCAAUGCGGUUGCCAAUAUCAUCCCAUAUGGGAGAGUGGAUCCCUUGCGAAUGGCGGUUUAUGAUGGUAAUUAUGAGAUGGCGAAUGUAUUGCUGGAAGAUUCUCGGGUGUUGGUUCACCCCGAAUGCCGCGAGUUUGUGAGAUCUUUGGCACAAGGGGAUCAGUGGAUUCAUGGAGAAAAGACACAUUCUCAAAUCUGCCAAUUAGCGUAUACGUGCCUGAAUAGUACAUCUUAAAAUCCAUAUCCCCGUAGAGCGUCGUAAUACUAUUGUUCCUUCAGCUUGUCCUCCGGGAAGGGAAUGUGAUAG